AUGUCCACCGAAGCCGAUCAGCAGAGCGCGACCGAUGCAGGCCAGCAGCAUGAGAAUGUCGGUCCUGAAGACAAGGCAUCCGAGGAGCCGAAAACCUACCGCCAGAUUGCCGCUGAGCACAUCGAUACUCUGAACGAAAUCAACCACCAAAUUCCAAAACUGCUCAAAUACUUCGCAACCGCGCUAUCACAACUCACGAAUGACCCAAUUCCCUUUCAGCAUGAUGCCAUGCAGUGCGAGCCCGGAACUCUGGAAGCUCGCAAAGAAGCCUUCCGCAUCAAUGCCCUCUUCUGCGGCACAUCGUGCGAGAUCAUAAGGCAAGAGCUAGUCAAGCAAAUCAAUGCUCUGGAGAGGUACAAGGUCAUACCGAAAAACCAUCCCAAGUUUGCAGUUUCGCAGAGACAGGCACAAAAGGGAAAGGAAGAGGAGAGUGAUGUUGUAGACCCGGAGAAAGACGUCAAGAAUGGGGGCUAUGGCGACUUUGAUGUGGGCGCGCUUAAUGCCAGGGCAAGCUCUGGUCAGGUUGGUGCUGAAGACGUGCUGGAUCGGGCAAAGGCGGUACUGGAGGAACUGCAGAAGCGGACAGGGAAAGUUUCUCACGGAGAUGACAUGGCCAUUGAUGGGUGA